CAAUGUAAAUAAUUAAAAAUAUAAAAAAAAAUAUCAACGAAAUCAGAAUGUGCUGAGAAUUAUUGGUAAAGGUGGCUCUCUACCUCUGCUUGCCAAUGAUACACACAGGCUCCGCCUCAUGAAAAACACCAUUUUGAAUUAACAAGCAUACAAGCAAACAAAUAUAAUAUGCCGAGAAUGUUUCGCCAAUCUAUUAGAAAUGGUGCUCUAUUCGUCUUGUGUGCAUUUUUAUUUUAUCAUGGCACUACCGUUAGUUGUGUCAAUCUUCCCAGCAUCUCAGCCCAUCCGCAGGUGCGGUCUAUUAAAGAAGCGUCAUCGAAACAGUUUUCAUCAGGCGAUAUUGUUGCACAGUUUAUACUACCUGCAAUUAUUAGCGGCAGCGUGCCCAGUAGUCGCAAUCCCAUUUCCACAUCGACGGUACCAAACUUGGCAAACAAUCAAACAAUUGCCACACCGACAAUAUCUGAUGCUGGCAGCGCCAGCGCACAGCACAAGAAUUAUUUUACACACCUAACGUUUGAUUACACGCAUCAAGUCUUCUACGCCGGUGCGACGAACAAGAUAUUAAAACUCAAUGAGAAUCUGCGUGUCCUGGCUGAAGCAGUGACAGGCCCAAAGUACGACGCACCCCAAUGCCAUGCCGGUGGAUGUCCGGAAGACGUUGAGACGGCGCUGGUAAACAACUACAAUAAGAUCUUGGUUGUAAGCUAUGCACACAACGAUGGCAUUCUCAUUUCAUGCGGCAGCAUACGGCAAGGGGCAUGCGAGAUUUAUAAUCUGCAACGUUUCCCCGUUGCUCCUCAGUUCAUUGCGUUACCGUUGGCCGCUAACGAUGAAUACGCGUCAACAUACGCCUUCGUUGGUCCCGCGCGGUAUUCCUGGAAAGAGGAGGACAUACUCUAUGUCGGCACAACGUUCACCAAUGUAGGCGAUUAUCGACACGACGUUCCAGCUAUCUCAUCACGCCGCUUGGACGACCUCAACUACGCCGAAUUCUCAAUUCAGCAGUCGAUUAUCAACAUAGACGUGAAAUACCGCGAUCACUUUCUUGUCGACUACAUCUACGGAUUCAAUUCAUCCGAAUACGCGUAUUUCGUUCUUGUUCAGAAAAAGUCACACCUGCUCGAGGAGGCGGGCUAUGUGACGCGCCUGGCGCGCAUCUGUAUCACGGAUCCCAAUUACGAUAGCUACACAGAAAUAACGAUUCAGUGUACGGCCACGGAUGACGCCAUCGACUAUAAUAUUCUUCGCGACGCCAAAAUUACGCAUGCGAGCCAGAAGCUAGCCCACCAGCUUGGUAUCAAGCGGGACGACCACGUGCUAGUCACUGUCUUCUCCCCUUCGAAAGAGAUCAGCGAUCAGCCGGAAAACAAGUCAGCUAUGUGCAUAUACAGCCUAAAGGAUAUUGAAGAUGUGUUUAUUGAAAACAUACAUAUGUGCUUUAACGGAACCAUAAAGGAUCGAAACUUGGGGUACAUAUCAGGCACCAUUAACGACGGUAGAUGUCCCAUCGUCGGUUCGCUUGGCAAUAUCUACAACUUCUGCAGCGUUGGCCUUAAGAUAAGCGGUGUAUCGCCAAUUUCUGCGCAUGCGCUGUUCCACUUUGACAACGUGUCAGUAACUUCAGUAACGGCGACGACGACGACUGACCAGCAGCAUUCGCUGGCUUUUCUUGGCACUGAAGCAGGCACCAUCAAGAAGGUGCUCUUGUCCGGCCAAAAACCGGGCGAAUACGAGGAGAUUGUUGUUGACCCCGGCAAUCGAAUUCUGCCCAAUACAAUGAUGUCACCCAAAAAGGAAUUUCUCUACGUGUUGUCGCUGCGUAAGAUCACAAAACUGCGUAUUGAGCACUGUUCCGUAUACACAAACUGCUCGGCGUGCCUCGAGUCGCGAGACCCAUUCUGUGGCUGGUGUUCUCUGGAGAAGCGCUGCACCGUGCGGUCAACCUGCCAGCGCGAUACGUCAGCAUCCCGAUGGCUUUCACUCGGCAGCGGACAACAGUGCAUUGACUUUGAAUCCAUAUUGCCUGAUAAAAUACCCAUCACAGAGCAUGCGCAGCUACAGUUAAUAAUACGCACCUUGCCGGAACCUUUUAAUGCCAAGUACCGUUGCGUUUUCGGCAAUUCAACACCUAUUGAUGCAGAGAUUUUGGACAAUGGGCUUGGACUCGCUUGCGCCACGCCGCCCCUUGAUCAAAGGCCGGAAAUACCCAGCAACAUAGACCAUGUGCUGGUUCCACUGGCAGUGCGCAGCUCCGAAACAAACAAGGACUUUGUGUCACGCUCGUUUGCUUUUUUUGACUGUUCGCACCAUGGCAACUGCCAAGCGUGCGUGCGCAGCUCCUGGAGCUGCAGCUGGUGCAUUUUUGACAACAAGUGCGUCCACAGAAGUGGGGAGCAGUGCCGCAACAAUGAGAGUCCAAUAGGAAUGGAAGCACAUUGUCCACACUUAAAACGUAAUCGCAAGCCCAUUCUGCUACCGGUGCGUGUACCUAAGGAAAUCCGUCUUGAAAUUGAAAACUUACCAAAACCGAAGAGCGCCCAUGCCGGGUAUCUUUGUACAAUCCAAAUAGAGGCAGCCCAAAUGCUGCUGCCCGCCCACGUUGAGAAUAAUAAGGUGGUUGUAUGCGAGAAAACACCCUACUUCUAUGAAGCUAACAGACAUGAGUACGAAGUCAAGGUUGACAUCACAUGGAAUCGCCAGCACUACGUAGACACUGCAACAGUUAUCUUAUACAAGUGCGAUGUUCUUGGGUCCCAUCGUGACCACGCUGACUGUAGCCUUUGUGUUACGCGUGAUCCCAAGUAUCAGUGCGCUUGGUGUGGCAGCUCAUGUGUCUAUAAUGAAACAUGCGCAUUAGGAACGGCGAUGGGAACGGAAACAGGAUUACUAUCCCCUGCUGUGCAGCAGAAUGAAUGUCCACGCCCCAGAAUUGACAUCAUUAAGCCGCUAUCUGGUCCUAUUGAAGGCGGGACGCUCGUCACCAUUGAAGGUAGUAACUUAGGCAUACGCGAAGAGGACGUCCGUGGGAAAAUAUCAAUUGGUUCGGUGCCCUGCGAACUAAUAAACUAUCAAAUAUCCGUAAAGAUCGAGUGUCGUACAGGAGCAGCACUGCACGAGAUGUCUGCUCCCAUUAAGGUGGCAAACGAUGCCGGUUAUACAGAAUCCAGUGUACAAUUCCACUUUAAGGAUGUGCAACUCACAGGCUUGUAUCCAAUGGUGGGGCCCAAGUCUGGAGGCACUCUGCUUUCAGUGAUGGGCAAGUACCUAAAUAUUGGUUCUAGCAUAAGAGCCUUUUUAGACGAGUACGAAUGUUAUAUCAAUAGUAGCCAGGCAUCGUCCUCACGACUUACGUGUACCACGUCCGAGGCGACGCAGCCGGAACCGAUAAGAUCCUUACGUCUAAUUGUUGAUGGAGCGAAUCGUACAUUUACCUGCCAGACUCCAGCUCCAGUUCAGUUGGACCACAAUUCACAUGCGCACUCGUAUCCACAUCCGUAUCCAUAUCCAUAUCCGGGCACUAUAAGCACAUCGCGCAUCAAUUACGGCUCCUUUUAUAAUAUACCUUCUGCAUUACCGUUACCUUGCUCCAUAUUCAACUAUACUCAAGAUCCUCGUAUCAUGCAGAUAAAACCGUUGCGCAGCUUCGUUAGCGGUGGACGUAUUUUGACAGUGCACGGCAUGUACCUUGACUCUGUACAGAAUCCUGAGUUGGAGGUAUACUUUGAUAACGAGCGUGUGAAUAAAACCUCUUGCUUUGUCAUCAAUUCCAGUCAAAUGGAAUGCCCCUCACCACCGGUUAAUUUGAAAUUUCAAUUGCUUCAAAGAAAUACAAGAAAUCAAACACCUGCACAAGCUGAAACUGUAGGUGAAGGUGGACGAAAGCGUGAACGAAAGCGAAAGCGCAGUUCUUCUGGUUACUCCGACAUUAUGGGGCUCUCCACUGGAUUGGGGUUGAUUGGAGGCUCGACAGUGGCGACCUACAUGGAUAUAGCCGCCAAGGUGCACGAAACGCAGCUAAAUUUGCAGCUGAGCUUUAUUAUGGACAGCGUACAACUGGUGCGGGAUCUGAACAAGUAUUUCCACGACAUACGCAGCACCAUUGUGUACAUGGCAGACCCAAAAUAUUUUUCUUUUCCCAACGACGGGAUCAAGCUCUACAAGGGUGAUACUUUGGUCAUUGAAGGCGAACUUCUUAAUCUAGCUUCGGAUGAGUAUGACGUUAAUGUAACUAUUGGCACAGCUCAAUGCAAUAUUACUAGUCUAGCGCUGACGCAAUUACUCUGCAUACCGCCUAUGGAGCAACCAGCGGCCACCGAUGAGAAUGGCAUCGAGCAGUCCAGCGAUCUACCAUUGGUCGUUGUCACGGUGGGUCGCAAUCUACGCUUCGUCAUUGGUCAUAUCAAGUACGAUUUGAAUACGCCGUACGCUUUUUCGCACGCCAUGUUGGGCAUCGUUUUUAGCGUCGCUCUUUUGUUGGCAGUCCUGGUAGUCGUGCUGGUUAUUUUCAGGCGUAGAUCCACUCAAGCGGAGCGCGAGUACAAGCGUAUCCAGAUCCAAAUGAUAACUCUCGAAAGCAAUGUGCGCUCCGAAUGUAAACAGGCUUUCGCCGAACUACAGACCGAUAUGACCGAUCUUACCGCUGAUCUUGAAAGCAGUGGCAUUCCGACGCUCGAUCACGUGAACUACAUCAUGAAGGUCUUCUUUCCCGGUGUCUCAGACCAUCCCAUACUUAUUUCACAUAAGCUGCGUGGAAACAGAGGCGGUUGCGGCAGUCCCCACACCAACUAUGAUGUGGCCAUGAUGCAGUUCGAGCAACUUGUCGUCAACAAGUAUUUCCUGUUGACAUUUAUCGAAACUCUGGAGGCACAGAGAUCCUCAUUUUCAAUACGGGAUCGCGUUAAUGUUGCUUCGCUGCUGAUGGUAGUGCUGAUGAACAAAAUGGAGUAUGCGACAGAGAUAAUGAAGUCACUGCUCCUUCGGCUUAUCGACAAGUCACUAACCAGCAAGCAUCCUCAUCUAAUGCUGCGGCGGACCGAGAGCGUUGUCGAGAAAAUGCUUACAAACUAUUUGGCAAUCUGCAUGUAUGACUAUCUAAGGGAGUACGCCGGGUCGAGUCUAUUUCUUUUAUUUAAGGCCAUUAAGCACCAAGUCGAGAAGGGUUUGGUAGAUGCGAUAACGAACGAUGCUCGUUACUCGCUAUCCGAAGAGCGUCUGCUGCACGAGCAGGUCAACCACUCUGUGGUCAUGCUACAUAUAUUGCAGGACGAUCUCGAUGAGAAGGUGCAGUGUCGCGUAAACGAUUGGGACACCAUUUCGCAAGUUAAGCUCAAAAUACUGGACGCUAUUUUCAAAAAUACACCGUUUACAAUGCGACCCUCAGUCCACGAGGUGGAUUUAGAAUGGCGUCACGGACGUGGUGGUCACUUGACUCUUCAGGAUGAGGACCUUACUACCAAGACAAUCAAUGGUUGGAAGCGUUUGAACACUCUCUUUCACUAUGGGGUCAAAGAGUCGGCACUCAUGUCUUUGAUCGCUAGACAAAACGACAACUACAACAUGCCAUACACCAAGCAACCGGGAGCAGCACCCUAUCAUAACUUUUAUUACAUCAACAACUCGCAGAGCCACAUCAUAAUAAAUAAUGAUAUUGAAUCUGGGUUGCAACAGCCGCGACUCUACCAUCUUGUUAAGCCGAUCAUUCCCGACCACUACAUGAACAUCAAGAACUCAUCUUUAUCGGCUGGAGUCAUGACGGUCCCGCCAAGUGGUGGUGGUGGUGGCGUUGCAGGAGGUGAGCGGGUAAACAAAACCAUUCCAGAAGUAUAUUUGACCCGCCUGUUGGCCACCAAGGGGACUAUACAAAAGUUUGUCGAUGACUUUUUCUCGACUAUACUGACAGUAAAUGAAGAGCUGCCGCCGGCAGUGAAGUGGCUAUACGAUUUGCUGGAUGAAGCCGCCCGCCGUCAUGACAUCGCCGACUCAGACAUUGUGCAUGCCUGGAAAUCGAAUAGUUUGCCAUUACGUUUUUGGGUUAACUUUAUAAAGAAUCCCGAUUUCAUAUUUGAUGUUAACAAGACUUACUCGGUGGAUUCCUGUCUAAGUGUGAUUGCGCAGACGUUUAUGGACGCGUGUUCAACAAUGGAGCACAGACUAGGAAAGGAUUCGCCAUCAAACAAGCUUCUUUUUGCAAAGGAUAUACCGAACUAUAGGGCAAUGGUAAAAGAAUUCUAUCGCGAUGUUGCCCGCCUGCCUCAAAUAAGCGAUCAAGAGAUGAGCACGGCUAUGCAACACAUUUCGGUGCAGCAAUGCGAGGAAUUUGAUACAAUAUCUGCACUUAAGGAAUUAUACAUUUACGUCACCAAGUACAGGGAACAGAUUAUGAAUGCCCUGGAUACUGAUUUCAAUUGCAAGAAGAUGCAGCUGUCCCGCAAGCUAGAAAACGUUGCUUGUACUCUCGAUGGAGAGGAUACUUCCAACUGCUGACAAGAACCAUCGUUGCAUAAACCACGAAAGCGAACACUUGAGAAUUACAUUUCGCAUAAUUUAAAUCAUUUUGAUAUCUAUUUUGAUUAUUAUUUAGGAUUGGAUUUUAUUUUAAUCUUAAGUGCCAAUGAAAAAAGCAUAAAAUUCGUGCACCAUUGCAUUAUUGUAAAAUGCAUGAUUGUUUAAAAAGAAUUUUUUUGACACAUGUGAUUAUUUCAUAAAAAUUAUUUUAGCACAUGCAAACAAAUAUUAC